AUGGCUGGCACGCCUGAUACCCUGGAACUUGACGCUCAGCCAGACGCUGCGUUCCAUGCCUCGAGUAAGCAGUACCUGCCCUCGUGUCUCGAAAAGACGCAACAAGAUAUCAUCGGUCGAGUCGAGAAAUGGGCCGACGACGACAAUAAUAAACAUAUAUUCUGGCCGAAGGGCAUGGCUGUUACUAGAGAAUUCACGAUCGCCCGAACUGUUGCCCGCAUGUAUCACGACUCAGGCCGUCUAGAUUUUCCCGAGGCUGCCAAGACAGCCAUCGAAAAAGCGGCGGCCUUUAGCAACUUCCUCAGCUUCGGUCUCUUUCAUCAGUGGAAGAAAUUAGUUCUCGAGCCAUUAUCAGGGUUGGAGAAGCGGCUAUAUCCAUCCCCUAUUAUACUUGUUAUUGAUGCACUAGGUGAAUGCGACGAUGAAGAUCAGAUCCGGCUUCUCGUUCGUUGUCUUACGCCACAACAGCAGUGGAAAAAGUUUGUGUGCGUAUUUUCGUCACCAGCCGACCUGAUCAGCCUGUCAAUUUCGGGUUCACCAACGUUAUCCUCGACGCAUCUCAAGGCUUUGUCCUUCACGAUAUCGAACAACUUAUUUUCAAUCAGGAUCUCAUGCUAUUUUACAGACAUUAUCUCUCAGAAACCAGACAACGAUAUGGGCUGA